AUGUCAAUGCUGAGCGCGCGACAAAAUGGUGGAAGCGAAUUGCGCAUGCAUUCCGGUCGCACCGGCGAAUCCAAAAGGCCUGAGGAGAUGGGAAAUGUAAAUGAGGCGGACAACGACCUCGUUGAACAAGACGAGAAGUUCACGACGCUGCUGCAGGUGGAGGGUGCUGACCACGAAGGUGUUCGUCUUGCGCGACAACUGUUACAACAUCACCGUGAAGAAAGGGACAACUGGGAAGUGGACGCGUUCCAGGCGAACAAGAACUGCGACAGUACGUUGCAAGUAGUGCGUGGCACGAUUGAACAAGACGUGCACGACUCGUCCCAGAAGAUGUCGGCUAUGGACCCACGAUAUACCCAAACCUGCGUAUUUAGAUUUGGCCGGUUUAUUGAAAAUUCCUCGAUAAGUAUUGAAUCGCCACUCUUAUCUAUCCCACGAAAAAAGUGUAUGCAGUUACACACUUGUAGUGAAUUCAGCAACGCGAAUUUCUCUGCACGAGAGAGAAAACCUGCAAUGCAGAAAUCCUACGGGAAAACACAUACGAAAUUAGGCUCCUAUGUAUAUCCGGCAUGACAGAGCUUGUCUGUCUUGCUUGGCCUGCAACGCAGUGUGUAAUUGUGCAACUUUUUUCUUGGGAUAUUAUCCAACUCGUCGGCCCUGCUGGUGAAACGACUCAAAAACAGCAGAGCGGAGUGGUGGAAUUUGCAGGCUUCUUCGUCUUUGAAGGAGUUGAUAAAGACGAAAGCUUCCGCAUUGAAGCGUCCCGAGGUCGCGCGCGCCUUUUCAGCUAGACGGCAACGACGGAGAAAAUGAUGAAAACGCCGCGGCUGUUCCGAACAGCCACGGUUUUUUCGUCGCGAAUGUUGUCCGUUUCUGGCAACGGCCGAACCUCCUCGACCGCUGCCAGGUUGGGUGUUUUGACCCAACCUGCACAAACCUGCGGCGCAGGUUGGGUCAAAACACCCAACAUCCUAAAUUUAAUUUUCUCGGCGCGCUUUUUCACAAAAUAAAAUUUUCGCGCCAUGUUGUCCCUCAGCUGAAAAUCGCAAAAAGAAUCCGAAUUCCCCCAAAACAAAUUAACCUCCGCGCCGCGGUUCCGCCUUCGGGCUCCGCUUCUUCGUGGCCCGGGUGCCGUAGGGGUAGGCCCCCCACGUCAUAUCCCGACUGCCCGCGCGCUAUGGUGUGUGUGGAGGUUGCUUGGGUUUUUCUGUGUUGCCUCACCAGGCCAGAGAUGGCUACUUGAUUUCAUUUUUGGAACCCUUCCGGUGUUGAUUGUUUUCAUUUUUCGGAUUAGAAAUUGUCUUCCGACUUUGAUUGAGACGCGCAGGGAACUGAUAACUCAGCGAAUGGCUGUGCCCUGGCGGCCGUGUCAGCGAUGCGGGAAAGAGCCAGAAGUGAACCGAUGUCGAUUAGUCUUUUUGUAGUUGCGCCAGUGAAUGGGAAUACAGCGAAAGAAGUAGGGGCAUGCGCAUGGUGAACUUGCUUCGCUGGCGCUGAGCUGGGGAGGGGAUUUGGAGGGUACGGCGUAUGUUCAUAUGGGUGGCGUUUCAUAUCAAUAUCUAUUGAGGAUUUUUCAAUAUUUCGAGCAAAUGCAAAUACGCAUGUUUGGCGAAUAGUGGAUCCAUAGACUCGUCCCAGAAGAUGUCGGCGACGACCGUGCUGUCGACACACCCUCCUGAGCAG